UGUUGUUGUUGACACUUUUUCACAUAUAAUCUGGGCUACAGCUCGAACUGGGGAAGCAGUUAAGGAUGUCACACAGCAUUUAUGUGCUUGCUUUGCAGUACUUGGUUGUCCUAAAGCUAUAAAGACAGAUAAUGCUCCAGCAUAUACUUCUAAGGCAUUUCAAUCAUUUUGUUCUAUGUUUUCUAUUUCUCACUCCACUGGAAUCCCUUAUAACCCCCAAGGUCAAGCUAUAGUUGAGCGUUCUAACCAGAUUUUAAAAACUCAAAUAUCCAAAUUACAACAGGGUGAAUUCAAACAUUCAUCACCUCAAUAUAUUUUAAAUCAUGCCUUAUUUGUGCUUAACCACCUUAAUUUGGAUCAGAAUGGUGAAAGCUCAUUCUCUAGACACUGUUCUCAUAUUGGGUCCUCCCCUAAGCCUCUAGUGAAAUGGAAAGAUGUCCUUACCGGCCAGUGGAAAGGACCUGAUUUCCUCCUAACUUCCGGAAGAGGGUAUGCUUGUGUUUUCCCACAGGACUCAGACUCGCCAAUUUGGAUUCCAGAUCGACUAAUUAGACACCAUGUCCAACCUUCCUCAAAUCCCGGGGCCUCCUCUGCCACGAUCAAGGCUUCGGUCCCGCAAGAGACGUCAGCAACAGCCGCUCCUGCCAAUAGCUCCACCUCAGAUGCCUGUGAAAUGCCCGCCUGAGUCAUCACCUCCUGAGAGCAUUGCGCCUGAAAAGCCCGAUUUGUCAGCCACUGAAGAAUUCCUCCCGAUCCUCAUGUCUGGUUUACAACUUCGACCUCCUCCUACCUCGCAUCCACAAGCAGCCUCUACACGCCGAGUCUCUCCUCCUACUUGGGGCCAGAUCAAAGCCCUAACCUCUUCAGCCCAACGGCUGGUAAUUUCUCAGCAGCGCCCUUGUACUCCUGAUAAUUUGUUUGUUGCCAUGCUUGCCAUCCUUACAAUUCAGUCAUCUUCCGACGUUUGAACUCCAUGAUUCAAGCCACUCGCAGAGAACUGCGCAUCCUUCAGCUUAAUACUAAAAAAGGGGGAAAUGCCAGGGUCCGUGCAGUAGGUGUAGAUGGCACGAAGGUGUGAAGAGAACAGCUCCCCUGCUUGGCAGGGCCCGGGGGAGCUUCCAGCUGUUUGGCAGGGCCCGGCGGAUUUCUCUCUGACCACCUUGAUGCAGUCUCACCACCCUUUUGCAUGGACACUCAAGCACCCCACUAAGAAUCCUGUAAUCUAUUGAGGCAUUGUUUGCCCCUGUGAGAUGGCUUUGGCAAAUAAUAUCAGCUUGAGAGUUAAUGUUACUGAUAAUGUCCUGGUGAGUGGGCCUUUAACUGCACACAGGAGUACAAUCAAGCCCAUGCUGUUUCCAGACACCUUAUUGUGUACCUAC